AUGAAAGCAGUAGCUUACAUUUUACAGGACAUCGACAAACAGAGCAUCGCCGAGACGUGGAAGCAAGAAUACGAAGAACGUAUCAAGGUGGUCGAACAGGCGGCCACCACGCGCAUCGAACAGGUCGCGGACCACGCCGCUAACACCUUCCGCACCAUUGAACAACGACUCGACAACCAGCUCCAGGCCGCCGCUCCCACCUCCACCCAGAGCGGCCCCUUGUAUCGUGAUGCACUCACCGGACCAGCAAGAGCCCCUAGCGCGAACGCGCGCUCCACCAUCAAUCCCGCCAUCAAAGCUCAAGUCGAGAUACGCGCCCGUCAAGUACUCAUCGACAUCCAGGACGAAGGUGCACGAGAGGAACUCAGGACAGCACGACCACGGGAUCUCGUUAUCAAGGCGACCGCCAUCGCCAAAGAACUCUGGCCGGACUCAACGGAUACAUGCGAAUUCGAGAGUGCGCGGAUACUACCCAAUGGAGGGGUGGUAUUCGAGGUAACUACCCGGGCAGGUGCUGACUUGAUUCGAAAGAACAAAGGUGCCUUUGCAGCCCGCUUCCACCCCAGCUCCCAAGUCAAAGACCGACUGUACGCCAUCCUCGCAAAAUUCGUACCCAUCACCUUCGACCCCGAUGCGCCGCGCGACCUCCGAGAGAUAGAAGAAACAAACCGACUAGAUGUAGGCACCAUCGCUAAGGCCCGCUGGGUGAAGCCAAUCGACAGGAGACACCCCCAUCAGCUUGUCGCACAUGCCCUGAUCCAUCUCACGACACCCGAAAACGCCAACAAGGCAAUC